UGGCAGGGCAGACAGAGAGAGUAGAGCGAAAGAGAAAAAGAAACUGUGAGAGCAACAAAGAUAGAGAUUAAUUGAGGAUAUAUUGAACAGACAAGUCAGAAAAAGAGAAAGUGAAAAUCAGAGUCAAGGUGAGAUUGUGUCGACAAGGACGUUCAGAGACAGUUUGACCGACUGAAAUGGAAUCAAAGAGACUGAGACAAACUUGGGAUUACCGGUAACGGAUCAUCAGAAGAGGAGUUUCUCAAACAUGGACUAGUCUGGGAGUCUGCACACAUACGCACACAUACACACUUUCUACUCACACACACAGACACAUUUGGUUUCCUGUUGUGAGCCGUCUUGGCAGUGGACAGGUGUCAGUAUGCAGGAGUCUCCAGGUGCCAUGGGUGUAGAUGGCAGCUACGCCAGCAAUGUUCCAGCCUUUCUCACCAAGCUGUGGACCCUGGUGGAGGAUCCAGAUACCAACCACCUCAUCUGCUGGAGCGCUUCUGGGACAAGUUUCCAUGUGUUUGACCAGGGACGCUUUGCCAAGGAAGUUCUGCCAAAGUACUUUAAACACAAUAACAUGGCGAGCUUUGUUCGACAGCUCAACAUGUAUGGUUUCCGUAAGGUGGUGAACAUUGAGCAGAGCGGUCUGGUGAAGCCUGAGAGAGACGACACAGAGUUCCAACAUCUGUACUUCCUCCAGGGACAUGAACACAUGCUGGAACACAUCAAGAGGAAGGUAUCCAUAGUGAAGAGUGAGGAGACCAAAGUCCGUCAGGAAGACCUCAGUAAACUGCUGUAUGAAGUCCAGCUUCUGCGAACACAACAGGACAACAUGGAGUGUCAAAUGCAGGACAUGAAACAGCAGAAUGAAGUGCUGUGGAGAGAGGUGGUCUCACUGAGACAGAAUCACACACAGCAACAGAAAGUCAUGAACAAGCUGAUACAGUUUCUGUUCAGCCAGAUGCAGUCCAACACACCCAGCACUGUGGGCCUAAAGAGAAAGCUGCCCCUGAUGUUGGACGACGGCUCUCCCAGCCCUCCUGCCUCCAAGUUCAGCCAUAGUCACCCAAUGGAGCCCAUGCAUGAGCCCUUCUACAUCCAGUCGCCAUCCAGUGAUACUGCUUCUUGCUCCGCUAGUGGGCUGACAGGAGGACCAAUUAUAUCAGAUGUUACUGACAUGUCUCAGGCUAGUAUGGCCCUCCAGAUGCAGCCUGAUGACACCAGGGAGAAGUGCAUGAUGCUUAUCAAAGAGGAGCCUGUGAGUCCAGGAGUGAGAGGAGGUAAAGGAGGCAGUGUAGGGGGAGGAGAGGCCGUAGCGUUGGCCUCCUCCUGUGAGGUGUGCUCCUCAGAACCUCCCGUCCUCCCCGUCGCUAUGGUCCAGUCUGUUCUGGAGGGGAGAGGCUCUGUGGCCUCUAUGGUGGAGAGGAGGAGUAAGAGACCUGCCCUGGACAGAGUGGAUGUUUCAGAUGCAGUGGAGAAUGUGGAUAUGAGCCUGGAGGAGCUACAGCAGCUGCUGCUCAGGAGCCAUCAGCAGAGCGCUGUGGAGGCUGGGACCAGCGCUGUUAUGGAUCCCUUCAGUUUAAGCCUGCCUCUGACUGAGUGGAACUUCACAGAGAUGGAAUCCAACCUCAAAUCAUACAUGUUCCAGAGCCAGGAAGCGGAGGCUUUUCCAGUUACUGGCUGUGAGGAACAGUGAUCCAUCUGUGCUGUGGACUGUCUUUUCUGAAGUGGAAGGCCACAGAAGCUGCUGUUCCCCUCAUUAUUCCACUCUGCAUGGGUUUGAUCCCACAGCCCUGCCAGGCUGUUUCUUACACGUGGCUUUCUUUCUUUUUUUCUUUCUUACUUUCCUUCCAUCCAUCUUUCUAUUCACAUACCUAGAAAAUGCAGCAAUGAAAAAGCCUGUAUCCCUCUAUUUCCUGGCCCCCUCGACUGCCAUUGGACCAGCAGCUCUGUGGACAUGCCCGCUGCCUGCAUGAGGAAAGACACAGGUCAAAGUUUUUCAUAGUUACUCAAACAAACAAGUGUGUUAUGACAUAAUUAUAUCUAGACUCCAAUAUUAAGCCAGCUGGAUGGCUGCAGCACUUUAGUCUUUGUGUGAGAGGGAGUUCCUGCUUGUGGGGGUGACUUUUUCUUCCUCUACUGUAUAAAGAAUCUAUUACGGAUGUACAGAUGAAUAUUUUUUAUUAUUUUAUCCUUAUUACAAAAAUACUGUAUUUGUAUCCAAGAGAAAACUUCGCUGUGAAAAAGCAUCUUGGGGGCAAUGUAGCAUACUGUAUAUUACAAGUUAUGUGUUUUUUUCAGUCUGUGUAAGGGUGUUGAAAAUUUAAGGGCUCCUCAUUUAUUUCAUGCGUUCCAAAAUCAUGAAAAUGUGUCGAGAUAGAUCAGAGGUGAUUUAGCCUUCCGUGAUAUGAAAGGUUCUUUUAGCAAAAAUAUGGAUUCAAGCCACGCUAAGAUCUGUUAAGAAACCUUGAAUUUUUUGAAGCAUAUCAUGAUAGGAGGUUUUACACACUGAAGCACCCAUCUAAUGUAUCUUUGCACAGGCCUGACAUGUAGCUGGAGACCUAGAGUUACUUCUCUUCUGUCCAUUUAAAUGUGAAGUUUAAAGGAGAUAUUUAAAGAUGGACUUCUCAUUUGACUAAACCAUGAACACCACUGCAUUUUUGCACAAUCUGUAUCACUAGUUAUAUAUAGUUAUGACAAACAGGUCCAUAUAUUUUCUGUUUGUAGAUAACCAACACUUUGUUGCUCUACACAUACAUGUCUAAGAGAGAUACUGGUCUAGAUUACAGGAUUUUCCAAAACUCAAAUGCAAAAUUUAGUCUUGGAGACACAAUGUCUCUGAAUGUUGCUGUUUUCAUCUGGAAUCAAAGGCCACACGUUGACUUAAGACUUGAGUGUGCAUCGAACGUAGAAACCCUGAUAGAAAGUCAAGAUAGUGGGAUGCUGCUUUUCAUACUUUGUCACAAAAAAACAAAUACUCAACUGUCAGGAGCCAGUCUUUAAAAAGAUUUCAUUAUGAUUGACUGCGUUUCAUUAAACGUAUGGUGAGGUGGUUACUUGAGAAUUGAAUCUGUUAUAGAACCAUUAACACCUGCUUGAAGAAAUGCAUAGUAAUUAUCUGGAUUACUAAAGAUAAUCAAUAACUAUUCGAUGUGAAACAUUAGUCCUCAGCACUGGUUGCAGGCAACAGUUUAAAGGUGAACUUAAUGCUAAAUAUUCUUCUGGAAAACUUCCUGGAGAUGAGUUGAAUCGUGCAAUACUGUACAGAACUGUGAGAACUCACACAAUUGCAAUACAUGGAUGACCAUAGGAAUGUAGGAAACAGCAACUGUGAGUGGUGGACUGGAACACACCAUUGUAAGAUGCACUUAGACUGUAUAUAAAGAUUGGCGACGUGUCUCCACCUCCUCCCACUGUACAGAAGUGAAGCCAAAAUAUCCCGGACAAGGGAGCUGCUAUCUUGAGAUUUUGACGUUAUUUGAAGACAAGAUUCUGCGCUGUAUUGAUUGGAGAGCUGGAGCCGCAAUAUUGAGGUCACAACCCCGAACCAAUCACGAGCCAAGCACGGCCGCAACUUGUUAGCAAGAGAGACUCACAGCUGCCAAUUAUGAUGUCUCACCCCCUUUAUACAGCAUGAAAUAACUAAUUAAAACCAAAUUUAUCAGAAAAAUUAACACUUGAACAUCAGUGUGAUAAGAACUUUAAAAAAAUGUAUUUGACAUUUACUUUGACUUUUUAGUUUGGCCUAUGUCCCAUCCGCUAACACAGAGUCGGCGGGCUUUAAGAGCAAUAGUGCAGCCAGCCACCAGGGGGCGAUCCAGAUGUUUUGGCUUCACUUUUGGGGAGCUGUCAUGUCGUCCAUCUUUAUAUACAGUCUAUGAAGAUGCACUGCAGAAGGAUAAUGCUAGCCUGUGAGUCUAAAAGCCCUGCUAGCUCUUUACACUGAGUCGAACAAAAUUAUUUCGGUUUUGUGGAGGCGCACGGCUACAACUUAGCCUACGGCAAGACUACGGUGGCUCCGCAGCUACACCGUAACCCCUUAACGCAGAACUAUAAAUCCAGCUUUAGGGAUGCUUUUUUUGCACAGAAUGGCUGGACAUUGUGUCCACUAUGUGAAUCUGAAAGCCCUGUUAGCUUUUUACACCGAGUCAGAUCAAAAAGAGUUGAACUAAUUGAAUGACCAGCCGACCAGCAACUUCAUCGCCAGAGCUACACGCUGAUGCUAGCAAGGCUAAAAAUCAGGGUAGCAGUUUGCAUUAGCUUUUUGAAAAGGGCGUCGCAUUUUCUCAAUUAUGUACUUUUGAAUCUGUUGUGUACUAUUACUUAUUAUGAAUCCAACUACUAUAAUAUCCUCAUAAUCAAUAUUAGAACUCCUGAAUUCAUAAAGCUGUGACUUUGCAUAUAGAUUUACAGUGUGAUUCUUCAAAAUUUAGAAAAGAAAUUCCCCUGACCUAGACAUGAUUACAAUUGAGGUUUUUAUAUUUAUAUGCAUUAAGUGAGAAAAAUGCGUUAAGAAAGACUAGCUCAUGUGUUCAUAUUGUGUAGAUUUAUCAAGACAUUAUAUUGGAUAUGCUCAAUUAAAAAGCUAACGCAAACUGCCCCCCUGCAGGUUAACAUUAUUGUGACAGACCCUCCUUCUCCGUGCAUACUUCAGGGAGAAGGGAGGAAAAACAAGCUGUGGUGUAUAACAAGUGAAAUUGCACUAAAAAUCACAGUUGUAUGAUAUUUGAGAGUAUACAGUAUAUUUUAGACAUAGCAUUUAUUCUUGUUCCUCAUGAUAAUAUGAGUGUUAAUGAUUUUUUUUCAAGAGUGAUGAAUACACACAUUCAGUUGCCGUAGUGUUCUUAAUUUAUUCUGUUUUCCAUUUUAAUCAUUUGCACUGGACAUGAACGGAUGUGUGUUCAAAUUACAUUUAUGCUUGUCAGGAUUGCAGAUAGAUACGGAUGUAUUUUUGUUAACUGAGUGAAAAGAUCUCUGCUGUAACAAAGCCUGGCAUCCCAAAAGCACUUCUGCACUACCAACGGACAACAAUACAUCAGCAUAUUAAUAUAUGUAACAUAUAUUAACAAAAAAUAGACAGCAUAACCCUUUCUUGUCACAAUAAAGAACACCUGCUGUCAAUAAAGACACACAGGCAACCUUAGUGCUUAGAUGCUUUUGAAAGUUGGCCACAACCUGAUAAAAAUGUGAAUUGUUUUACAUGGUUUUUUGCAAAGACUAAAGUGUAUUGUUACAGAGAGUCAAAGAAACUGAACAUGUAUUCCACCUGUAUGAAAUAUUUAAUUACA